CCAGGACAAAGACUUCUGUAGUUCAAACAGGUACAAUUUUAUUUAUAUUAGUGUUUUCUGCCAUUCUAUGUAUUUUCAACAUUUUCAGAUUGUUUCCUAUAGCUUACCGAAGUGCUGGCAGCUUGUGGUUAGUUCCAGAUGUUUAUGAGCCUGGACAGGUAUGUAUGUCGGGAACAUUCAAGGCUUGUAUCAAGCUGACAUUUAGUUAUAGAAGUUGCUGCAUUACUUAUCCUUAAAAGUGUCAGGAUCCUCACCGAGACAUGUAUAAACUAAUAGUCACCUGAUUCUUGGUUUUGUUUUGUUUCUUCCUGCUCACCUAUUUCCGCUUUUGUUUUUAAUGGUUCCAAACUGAGAAUCAAUAGAAACCAAAGCAAUAGCAAUGUUUGUGUCACAAAAGGUGUGAACCUGUAUUUUUUUAAAAGAUAGAUUUUCUAAUUUGUUCCUGCCAUUAUUUUGUUUGUCUGUCUGUCUGUCUGUCCGUCUGUCUGUCUGUCUGUCUGUUACUAUAGAGACAGCCCUUCUACUGACAUGUGGACUAUGCUGUGUGUAGUGUGGGCAGGAACACUGCUCACGUUUGUCUCAGCAGCAGGCGCCGAGGAUGUCACGAGGAAGCUUGAGGAUAUUGAGGCUAGGCUCUCUCGACUGGAGAAUCAGCGUGGCGAUGGGCGGAUUGACAGAGUGGACUAUAAAGAUUUCAUCAAGAAAGACGACUGGCUGUUAGUGUUUCGCGCCACCUCAGGGCUGGGAUCCCCCGUGUAUGACACAUGGACGCGCACUGGUUACCAUGACGACUACACCUACACCCGCGCCUCCAUGCCAUGCGGGUGCACGAGUACCAACGGGUCAUGUGACCGUCACUACCGCAGUCGUCUGCUGGACUCCUGGCCUUCCUCGGCUCUGGACAAGGUGAAGCUGGCUGUGUAUGAAGGUGGGGUGGAGAAGGCCUACAUGAUCUUCACCGGCCUCGGCAGCAACUACAUCAACUGGUUCUCGGCGGACAGACUCGUACAGUCUUCAUGGAAGGACCUGAAGUCGUCUGCUCACAACUACUUCAGUAUUAUAGGGAUCGACGAGCCGAACAGAGUGACUCGCAGAUUCUAUGUCAGUAAUGUCCACAACAGUUGCCCCGGGGAUAAAGGUUGGCUGAGUAUCAAGGAUAAAGGACAUGUCUGUCUGUGGGAGACAGCAGAUCAAAUCCCGACAAUUUUUUACUCCAAAAGUGAGACCAUGGGCACAUGGGAAACUGCAGGUGCACCAGUGGGAAGGGCAGAGGUCAUGGCUGUGUGGGUCAAGUUUCGCAAAGGUGUCGACCUGACUCAACCUUGUCUGUCAUAAUGGAGUCUGCACUAUCCUUGCUCUGGCUAAUUGAGCUGCUGUCCAGAUAAUUAACAUACAAAUGUGUUCACAAUGGAAAGAUGUUAAUAUGAAUACGCCGUCUGUUUUUUUUUAUAUCUGACACGUCAUGUAUCACAACAGUGACAAUUUAUUAAUAAAUCUGUUUUUCAGCUCUCAAAAAGUGAAAAAAAAUGUGUGUGUGUGUGUGUGUGUGUGUGUGUGUGUGUGUGUGUGUGUGUGUGUGUGUGUGUGUGUGUUGUUUUUAAUUUUGUAAUAUAAAGCCUUUUAAUAUCACAACUUUUUACACGUGAAGAUCUGUCCUAUUGACCAAUAAGAAAGAAAUUUCUGUCUUCUUUUAGCGCGAAGAAUUACUUUUCCGGGCGUAUUAAUCAUACAAAAGUUAAACUUUUAUGAGUGAACCACUUAAAAUCACAAGCAUACGCUGAUAUUUUUGCACAGUUAUUGUGUCUUUAAGCACAGUGUCAUGUGAAAGAUCAGUCGAAUAAAUAAAGUCUUCACAAGGAA